AGUGACGAGGCCUGUCCUGUCCGAAAUGCCGGAGCUAGCGGGUUAUUUGUCACUGUUCUUACAAAUGCAAAUCCUAGCGGAACUUAUCGGCACUUUAUACCACAUGGGAAAUCACAUUGUCUUGUUUCUAAAGAUUGAAUCCAUAAUCAGUGGCUCUGACUGGAAGCACUGCAAACGAACAAGACACUCCUAAAAUGGCAGCUCAGCUCACAGAACGCCAAAUCGCCGAGCUCACAGACGUGUUCUCGAUCUACGACACUGUGGGGGAUGGGAAGGUUGAGUCUGCUCAACUUGGCGAAGUCAUGCGGGCGUUUGAUCUCAACCCGACAAAUGUCGAGGUCCGAAAAAUCAUCAAAGAAGUCGACCCAGAAGGGACUCGCAGAGUUUCCUUCGAUGAGUUCUUCCCCGUGUACCAGUCCUUUAAAGGGAAAGUAGCCCGCAAUAAAGCCAAGUCGGAUGAUUUCGUGGAUAGUCUAAAGGUGUUUGAUAGCGACGGAUCCGGGUUUAUUAGUGCCGGUGAGCUACGACACGUCCUGACGAGUAUCGGCGAGAAACUAUCAGACGAAGAGGCCGACUCUCUCUUCCAAGCGGUGGAAUACAACCAGGGGCAGGUGAAUUAUGAGGAGUUCAUCAAGUAUGUGCUGUCUACAUGAGCCACCGCGAGAUAAAACAACUGGGUAUUCAUUAAAAAGUAGAGCAAAUCUUGUCUGUACAUUUUGCAUUCCGCAUUUGCAUUCUGUACACGUCUACAACUAGUAGCUCCGUGACUCCGUCGCAAACUAGACAUUUAACAGUAGCGAAUGAUUUAUUGGCAAAUAUUGAGAUUUCCUAGUGGAUUAUUGAUUUAUCAUCUUGUAGGAAUGUGUACUUAAGAAUUGUCAACCGUUAGCCUUCUUGGAGUAAUUCUACGCAUCAGUGGUUUGAGCCUAAAAAAAGAAUUUAGAAAUAUACCCUGUAUCAAGACAUUAAUUAUUAGUAAUCUGUAGGAUAUCAAUCCAGUUUUUAAAAUCGCAUUUUGAAUAUUGGCACUUUUUAAUGAUAUUUUAUUUUAUGUUGUAAACAAGAUCAUUUAAGAUGCAUUAAAUAUGCAACUUAUUGCCACUUGUAGACCAUGUAAAAACUCACUGCAUAGCAAAUUAGCAAGAAUAUUGUAUAACAACAUACAUAAACUGUUAUUGUGUUGACA